AUGUUCACAGCUACAAUGCCGGGGUCAGCGCGUUUGAGAAGGGUGGGCAGUGGCAGCAAGCUCUGUCGCUGCUUGGCGAGAUGCGGGAGUCGCAGGUGGAGCCCAAUGCCAUCUCUCUACAACGCUGGGAUCAGCGCUUGCGAGAACGGGCGGCAGUGGCAGCGGGCCCUGUCGCUGCUCAGCGAGAUGUUGGGGUCGAAGUUGGAGCCCACUGUCAUCAGCUACACCGCUGGGAUCAGAGCUUGCGAGAAAAGUCAGCAGUGGCAGCGGGCCCUGUUGCUGCUCAGCGAGAUGUUGGGGUCGAAGUUGGAGCCAGAUGUCAUCAGCUACAACGCUGGGAUCAGCGCUUGCGAGAAAAGUCAGCAGUGGCAGCGGGCCCUGUUGCUGUUCAGCGAGAUGUUGGGGUCGAAGUUGGAGCCCGAUAUGUUGGGGUCGAAGUUGGAGCCCGAUGUCAUCAGCUACAACGCUGGGAUCAGCGCUUGCGAGAAAAGUCAGCAGUGGCAGCGGGCCCUGUCGCUGCUCAGCGAGAUGUUGGGGUCGAAGUUGGAGCCCGAUGUCAUCAGCUACACCGCUGGGAUCAGCGCUUGCGAGAAAGGGCGGCAGUGGCAGCGGGCCCUGUUGCUGUUCAGCGAGAUGUUGGGAUCGAAGUUGGAGCCAGAUGUCAUCAGCUACAACGCUGGGAUCAGCGCUUGCGAGAAAACCCGAUGUCAUCAGCUACAACGCUGGGAUCGGCGCGUGCAGUAA